AUGGCGACUUCUCUACCCUCCUUCGUGCCCUUUCCCACCGCGGCUUGGCGGGCCUCGAUCGUCCCCAGCGAGUGGGCGGCAUGCCUUGACGCCUGGGUGGCACUCGUCGAAGCGCACCUGGCGUUCACGGAGGCGGAGACUUUGCGAAUCUCAUGCAAGGACGAGUCUGUCUCCCGGUUUCUGGCCUCGUUCAUGGCCGAGGCUGCCGCUGCCGGAUCGGGCAUCCUGGGCGGCGGGCCGUCGGCCAAGACGCUGCUUAAGGGGUGUUUCCUAUUGACGUCCAAAAUCCUCCGGUCUUCCGUUCCGCCUGGCGGCAUGGCGCAGUGGGACUUCCUCGCGGAUGUCAGCCGUGUUUAUGGACGGAAGAGGGCGGGGCCCCUUCUAGCAGGUCUGUCGGAACCGGCCCAGGGACUCUUGGACGCCUCGCUGUCGGGCCUGAAGAAGUUCCUGAUCAAAAACUUGGACCAGGGCAUAAACGGUGACCUAAAGUCAGUCGAGGAGCGCUUGAGCCGAGUAAAUCCUCUGGUCUACGCCUCGCCAUAUGUGGCAUCAUUCUUCCUGGCGGGGAGCGAUUUCUUGGACGGCCUCAUCGGCUGCUACAAAAUUAUGAACCCGCCGCUUCGGAGAGUCAUAAUCACGACUACCUAUCUCUGUCUUACUGGCCUCGUCGAAGGCGAGUCUCCAAAGACUUCCAUGCUGACGGAUCAGCUGUAUGCUCUGAGGGUCGCGGCAGAUGCGCACAAGGCAGGCCCUGUAAAUGCCAACGACUCUCUUGUCCCUGAGCUCGUCACUGCUACCCCGCUCCUGCAGCAAGUUCAGAACAAGCUGGAAGCAUCAGGGUCUGCAACCAGCCGGGCAAAGUCGGUACUGGCCGAGCUGGCGUCCUUCCGGAAGGCCGGUGGCCUGGUGCGCCCGAAGCGGCUGAUCCGGAGAAAGAUCGAUAAAGGAAAGGGGCGCGCCGGGUCCGACCUCGUCAUGGUCCAGCAGGAGAUACACAUCCACCGCCUGAGCCAGAUCUCUCAGAUUCAGGACCUCUUCCCCGAGCUCGGGUCUGGGUUUAUCUCGAAGCUCCUGGACGAGUACGGCGAAGAUUCGGAGCAAGUCAUUGCGCACAUGCUCGACGGCUCCUUACCCGCACACCUCCAAGACGCCGACCGCAGCGAAGAACUGUAUGGCCGAGCCCUCCCCUUACAAGUAUAUACACUUAUACGAACCCGGACACUAACCCCCCCUCCUAGAACACCCCUCCCCAAUACCGCCCCAGACCUCGCACCGCGCCCCACGCCCCCGCCCCAGCUCCCCACGCGCCACAACGUCUUCGACGAGGACGAGCUAGACCGCCUCGAGGUCGACGCCUCGAGGCUGCACAUCGGCAAGCGGCACCCGGGGCGAACGGCCGACGACGUGCUCGGCGACCGCAGCGGCGGGGGCGCCGACAAGGCCGCCAUCCUGUCUGCGCUGGCGACGUUCGACUCGGACGACGACGAGCGCGACGACACGUACGACGCCGCCGACGUGGGCGGCACCGUCGAUGCCGCCGCCGGCGAUCCGGACCAGACGGCGGCGGACGACGCGAUGGACGAGGUCCUCUUCCGCGCGCUGCGCGCCGACCCGGCGCUGUUCGGCCGCGACGCGGCCACGAGGAGGGGCGCGGCCAGGGCGCGCCUGAGGGCCGAGACGGGGCUCACCGACGAGGCUGUCGAGGGGUGGGCCGUCGUGCUGGGGCGGGACGCGCGACUGCGGAGACGGCUCGAGGCGCGGUAUGGCGAGUUUGGGGGCGUGCAGAACGAGCUGCGGGGGACGGCUUGGCGGGCUGGGGGGGAGGAGGAGGGGGAGGGGGAGCAAGGGGAGGGGGAGGCUUCGUCGCGGGGUGGGAGGGGGCGGGGACGGGGCCGUGGGAGGGGUGGUGGUGGUCGUGGCGGGCGUGGAGGUAAUGUUGCUGGGCCGACUGGGGAGAAGGAGACGGAGGUGGCGAGGAGGCGGAAGGAGGCGAAUAAGGGGUCUAGGGCUAAUCAUAAUAGGCGAGACCAGAGGGCGAAGAAGAUGGCGAGGGGAGGGUUCCCGGGAUGAGGUAGAUACACGGAUGGAUGGAUAGCUGCGACGAAGGCUGAUCAAAUCACAAUCAUGGGGCGCGGCUAAGCGGCUUUAUGAAUGCGAAGUCAUGGUAUUU